UGUUGUUUCCAAACUGCGUUACCAACUCCAGUCAGCAGAUGGCGAUAUGCGUCUUUCAGGUGUUGAUUCUUGCGUGGCGUGUAAUUUACUGGACGGGACACUUCUUCAGGAACAACAACACAGCUACUCUUUCAACCGCUUCGGUAGCUUGCUAGCCAACAUAAAACUGAAAGAUUGACGCUUUAGACCAUGUUAAUGCACAUUAGCUAAUCUCAGUGUUGUUAACACAGUUCAGUUGACGUAUCAACUGGUUAACUUUUAACCUAAUUUGCUUGUUCAAUUUGCAAAGUUGUUAAACAUUGAUACUGAGCCUAGCGUUAGGCUAGUCGCUAAUGCUAACAUCCCAGACCAUGAGCUCACUAAACUACUCCUCCCCCGUUAAAGAAGAGGAGGUCUGCUGUAUGCAGAAAGAAGCUCUGAGGCUGAACAUUGUCGUGAAAGAAGAAGAAGAAGAUGUUAUAGAGGAAACAGAGGAAGAACCUUUUAGAGAGGAAGAGGAUGCUAUCUCAGUAGAGGUGAAGAAGGAAGACGUCUUGGGAGUGAAAGAGGAGGAGACAGAAUAUCAGAUUAACACCAGGCAGAGACAUGACUAUUGUGGAUCCUCUGGGGAGCCUCAACAACAUCCUGCUGCUGACGAGGCAGAGAAGAGUCUCUCCAGAUCAGAACACCAGAUGGACAACACUAGCCCGUCCUCCCUCCCGGAGUCCCCGUGUCGUGCCUCUCCCGGUUGCGCCUUACUCCUGGGUAUGAAGAGGUUGUCUGUGCUGCUGGUGGACUGCAGGAACACAAUGGGGCUGAGUGUAACUGUGAGAGUAGGAGAAGAAAAGAAAGGAUCAGAUUUAACUCAUCAAAGAGAAAGACCAGACUCAGAGGAACCAGAGCCAGGGACGUCCAAACCAGCAAGACGACACCAGUGCUCCCACUGUAGAAAGGGUUGUAACCGGUUAUGGGACCUGAAACAACAUGAGAGAAUCCACACAGGAGAGAAGCCUUACCACUGCUCCCAGUGUGGAAGGAGUUUUAGCCAUAAAGGAAACCUGAACCAACACGAGAGAAUACACACAGGGGAGAAGCUUUACCACUGCUACCAGUGUGGAAAGAGUUUUAUCCAUUUAGGGUACCUGAAACAACAUGAGAGAAUACACACAGGGGAGAAGCCUUACCACUGUACCCAGUGUGGAAAGAGUUUUAAAGAUUUAGGGAACCUGAAAAGACAUGAGAGAAUACACACAGGGGAGAAGCCUUACCACUGCUCCCAGUGUGGAAAGAGUUUUAACGAUUUAGGGAACCUGAAACAACAUGAGAGAAUACACACAGGGGAGAAGCCUUACCACUGCUCCCAGUGUGGAAAGCGUUUUAAAGAUUUAGGGAACCUGAAACGACAUGAGAGAAUACACACAGGGGAGAAGCCUUACCACUGCUCCCAGUGUGGAAAGCGGUUUAACCAGAAAGGACACCUGAAUGAACAUGAGAAUACACACAGGGGAGAAGCCUUAUCACUGCUCCCAGUGUGGAAAGAGUUUUACCCAGUUAUGGAACUUGAAAAGUCAUGAGAGAAUACACACACAGGGGAGAAGCCUUACCACUGCUCCCAGUGUGGAAAUAGUUUUAACCACAAAAGCAACCUGAACCAACACAAGAAAAUACACAGAGGGGAGAAGCCUUACCACUCCUCCCAGGAUGCAAAGCUUUUGCCCAUUUUAGGAAGCCUGAAAGAACACAUGAGACUGCACAUGUGGAGAAGGCUUACAAAAGCCCAGGCUGUGGGAAAACAUAUUACUCAUAACAGUCACUUAAACGUCAUUAGAGAAUCCACACAGGAGAGAGAAAUUACUUCUCUUAGCGUGUAUAUGGAUAUUUCACAUCUGACUGAUAAUGUGUUUAUCUGUUUUUACCAUAUGAAAUUGCUUCUUCCAAUUAUUGAUGUACCUGUUAAAAAACUGACUGUUAGAACUGUUAAGGCUCCAUGGAUUGAUGAGGAAUUGAACAUCUGUAUGGUUGAAGGAGAUGGGUGCACAUCUGGCUGGCUUAUAUACUGCAAAUUGAGGAAUGAUGUGACCAAACUCAACAAAAAUAAUAAACUUUAUUAUGAAUCCUAGGUCAAUGAUAUAAAGAAUGAUGGAAAAAAACUUUAAUAAAAACAUAAUGAAAGAAAAGCAGUGCAAGUAUUGAAUGUUGUAAAGUUAUUGUGGGAGAGGUGGAAAAAUUGUUAUCGAUCAAUAAUGACAAAUCUCCUGGCAUUGACAACUUAGAUGGAAAGGUACUGAGGACAGUAGCUGACUCUAUAGCCACUCCUAUCUGUCCUAUGUUUAAUCUGAGCCUAGAGGAAAGUCUUUGUCCUCAGGCCUGGAGGGAAGCCAAAGUAAUUCCACUACCCAAGAGUGGUAAAGCGGCCUUUACUGGUUCUAACAGCAGACCUAUAAGCUUGCUGCCAGCUCUUAGCAAACUUUUGGGAAAAAUUGUGUUUGACCAAAUACAAUGCUAUUUCUCUGUAAACAAAUGAACAACAGACUUUCAGCAUGCUUAUAGAGAACAUGUACUCAACAUGUACUGACUGAAACAAAUGACUGAUGAUUGGUUAAGAGAAAUUGAUAAGAUUGCGGGAGCUUUAUUGUUAGAUUUCAAUGCAGCCUUUGAUAUUAUUGACCAUAACCUGUUGUUUAAGAAUGUCUGUGCUAUGGCUUUUCAACCUCUGCCAUAAUGUGGAUUCAGAGCUAUCUAUCUACUAGAACUCAGAGGGGUUUUAAUGGAAGCUUCUCUAAUGUCAAACAUAUAAAGUGUGAUGUACCGCAGGGCAGCUCUCUAGGCCCUCUACUCUUUUCUAUUCUUACCAAUGACCUGCCACUGGCAUUAAACAAAGCAUGUGUGUCCAUGUAUUCUGAUGAUUCAACGAUAUACGCAUCAGCAACCACAGCUAAUGAAGUCACUAAUAAACCGGUACUGAACAUCUCUAAAACUAAGAGCAUUGUAUUUGGUACAAAUCAUUCCUUAAGUUAUAGACCUCAGCUGAAUCUGGUAAUGAAUUAUGUUGCUGUUGAACAAGUUGAAGAGACUAAAUUACUUGGCAUUACCUUAGAUUGUAAACUGUCAUGGUCAAAACAUAUAGAUUCAAUGGUUGUAAAGAUGGGGAGAGGUCUAGCCGCAAUAAAGAGAUGCUCUGCUUUUUUGACACCACACUCCAAAAAGCAAGUUCUGCAGGCUCUAGUUUUGUCUCAUCUUGAUUAUUGUCCAGUCGUGUGGUCCAAUGCUGCAAGGAAAGACCUAGUAAAGCUGCAGCUGGCCCAGAACAGAGCGGCACGUUUUGCUCUUAAUUGUAAUCAGAGGGCUGAUAUUAAUACUAUGCAUGCCAGUCUCUCUUGGCUAAGAGUUGAGGAGAGACUGACUGCAUCACUUCUUCUUUUUAUAAGAAACAUGAAUGUGUUGAAAAUACCAAAUUGUUUGUGUAGUCUGUAAGGGAAUUCUGCCCUAUGUGCACACAAGAGACCACAGGAAAACUUAUUUGAUCAGAGGUUUGUUUGUUUAAUAAGGAUUGCAACACAGAGUUUACACUUACAGCAAUUUGCAAGCAACACUCAGUUCAAAAGAUGGUGUUUUCCCUUUUUAUCCCCUACUGAGGAUCACCCCGCCCAGGGUGAUGUCCCUUAACUUUAAUACCAUAUAAGCUCAUAAUUAAUAGUUGCUAAUACAAAGAUGUCUCUGCUAGGCGGAGUUCAGCUUAUUGCGUUAUUGGCAGUUAGUUUCCCAAUCACUCUUCCCUUAUUGCUAUCAUGUCAGACUGGGAGUAAGACUGGAACAUAGUAUCAACAGGAACUCUUAGUUCCCUUUAUCCAUCUGUUACCUAAAAUAUAGUUUCAACACACAGACAUCUGACUUUGUACAGUUGACCUUUUCAUUCACUUGCAAGGUGUCAACCACUGAUUCUUAAUCUCAAGCUAAAGCAAAACAUGAAUCAUUGUACUUUUGUCAUCACAGGUGUUCCUAUAAUGUACAGAUAUCAUCCAAGUUCUUACAAGUCAACUUACACACAGCUCUGACACACACACUUAUCCCACCAGACAUGCCACCGGGGGUCUUUUUACAGUCCCCAAGUUUCCAGAACAAAUUCAAGAAAGCGUACAGUAUUAUAUAGGUCCCUUAUUGCAUGGAACUUACUUCCAUCUCAUAUUGCUCAAAUAAACAGCAAACCUGGUUUCAAAAAACAGAUCAAGCAACACCUCGCGGCACAACCCCUCUCCCCUAUUUGACCGAGGUAGUUUGUGUGUAUGCAUUGAUAUGUAGGCUACGUGUGCCUUUUACAAAAUGUAUGUAGUUCUGUCCUUGAGCUGUUCUUGUCUAUUGAUGUGCUGUAUUAUGUGUCAUGUUUUGUGUGGACUCCAGGAAGAGUAGCUGCUGCUUUUGCAACAGCUAAUGGGGAUCCUAAUAAAAUACCAAACUCUGUUAUUCUCUCUGAGCUCAGAAAUAAAGAAUCUUGGUUUGA